AUGGAUAACGACAAUAAUCAACCGCAACCCAGCCAAAACAAUCCGCCAGGCAUCUCGUUCGCCUUCGACAUCUUCCCUCUGGAGUUCAGUCGCACGCCUCCGGCCCCAGGGUCCGUGGAAUCGCCCAUUGCCCUGAUGAUGCGCAAUUUUGUCGAGAUCCUCAAUCGGCCCUCCAAGCACAAGCACGCCACCAAGGACGCCAUCGACUCUUUGGAGCCGAUCCCGCUCGCAGAACUGCCAGAAUCAGAAAAACAGUGUCCGAUCUGCUUUGAGCCGUUCGAAGAGUACACAGAGAAACAUGAGUCACAGACAGAACAAAAGAAAGCCUCCAAUUUGCCCUCCUUUUUCGACGGUUACGACGCCUCCGACCCCGACCUUGCAUUCCCAACAGACCAGACAGCCACGCGCGAAGUGACGUACAACCCCGGCGAGGAGCUCCAUCCACAGCCGGCUGCCAGACCCGAGGACAGAUCAGAAGAUGCACACUAUCCGGUGAAGCUCGAUCAAUGCGGCCACAUAUUCGGCAAAGCGUGCGUGGCCGAGUGGCUCAAGAGCAACGUGACGUGUCCGCUCUGUCGGCGCGAGAUUGCGCCGGAAAUGACCGAGUCGCCGAGUCCCAGCUUCAACCUGGUGUUCUACCCUGUCGCCUUGACCGAGGCGUUUGUGCCUAUCAGCUGGUCCGGGCCGCUCAGAAUGGGCUAUGCGCUGAGCGACCCUCCAAUCAACUUCCCUGCGCAGGGAGAGGGUUUUUCGAUGGGGAGACGCACGGGCCCCGAGGCCCCUGCUCCGGAGCCGCAGGAAAGAGCACAGACACCCGAUAGAACAGGAUCCGGCGGGCCCACGCGCAACAACGCCUCGCGAACGGUGAGAUCGCAUCCGUAUACGCGUCCGUCGACCAACUCGUCGGAAAGCGAGGGCUAG